ACCUCUUCACAGAAGCUAUUUGAUAUUGAAAGGUUGUUGAAUUAUGAGUGGUAAGCUUUUAAAUUUAUACGCGCGUCUAGAAUUGUUUUAACUUUUAACUACCUUACCUUUUUGAAAUGUCAUUUAUUUUAACUUUGGCAUUAAGUUGCUUGAUAUCGGUUCAGAUAAUUCAAGCUCUCGAUCUACCAAUUUUACAUCCCGAGUGCAAUGAAUAUGAGGAUGCAUCGCAACCAACUCAACUACCUUAUCCGAAUGAUUGCACGAAAUUUUACAAAUGCUCUGGGGGAUACGCUUUUACAUUGAGUUGCCCACAAGGUCUUCAUUGGAGCGUUAAAUUUGAUCGUUGUGAAUUUCCUGCGGUAGCUGAUUGUAAGGCGGGUAGUGGUGGUACUGACGUUUUACGAACGACGACGUUACCGACGCCAAGAACAACAGUAUCGCCCGGAGGUGGUGGUAGAGACGAUGAUAAGGGAAUCAUUGUACUAAAUUGUCCAAGCGGAGAGAAUCCAGAAGACCCAACGCAUCUGCCUUAUCCAGGUGAUUGUAGGAAAUUUUUCAAGUGUGAAGUUGGAAAGGCACGUGCAUUGAGUUGUCCGUACGGGUUGCAUUGGAGUGUGGUUCUGAAUCGUUGUGAUUGGCCAGAAGUUGCAAAGUGCGUUAAAGGUGUUGCUACGAUACCAAGCGGAUAUUCCGAAUCAACACCAUCACCAACACCAGCAACUACAACACCGCCAACUCCACCACGAACUUUAGCACCUACUGCAGCUCCGACAAUAGCUCCAACUCCAGCUCCAACUUCAGCUCCUUCACCACCGACUCCAUCUCCAACUCCAGGUGCAGUACCGACUCCAGCGCCGACUCCAGCUCCAACUCCACCACCAACUCCAGCAUCAACCACUCCACGUCCAGCACCAACUCCUGCAAUACACCUUUCAACCACAGAGGUUGAUUCCUUGUGCAAAGAUAAAGUAUCAGCGUUUAUUUCAUAUCCUGGAAACUGUGUGCGAUAUAUUCGGUGUGUCAAUGGCAUGGGUACAAUUUAUUCUUGUCCCGGAAAUCUAUUUUUCAAUUCAAAAAGGGGCGUUUGCACUCGUAAAUGUGCUUGACCCAAUUAUGAAUAUCUAAAAUAUUUGUAUAAAUAAAUUUAAAUCCUUCUACAUUUUAAUAAAUCAAUAUUUAAAAUA